AUGGCAGCCCUAGUUAGUGGAGUUUUCCUAUACUUCUUUCUCGUUUUCUUAGCCCCUCAUACUUUAUGUCGCACUCUCAUUCAGAAGGACCACACUAACAGCACAGUAGAAACAUUGUUUUUCGAUUCUCUAAAAAAUUUGCAAGGUCAUCGUAAGGGCGACAAAGUGGAAGGACUUUAUCAAGUCAAGCAAUAUCUGAACCAUUAUGGUUAUCUAAAUACUCUUGAACAAAACAAUGAUGAGUUCGAUGAUGAAUUAGAGUCCGCUAUCAAGACUUACCAACUCAAUCACAAUCUUGACACUACAGGAAUUAUGGAUUCUAGUACGUUGUCAAAAAUGAUGAUGCCUCGAUGUGGGGUACCUGACAUCAUCAAUGGCACUAACACAAUGUACCGUGGCACCAACCCCUUCAAUGCUUCACUAUACAAAAUCUUGCCAGGAGACCGCAAAUGGCUUGAAACCCUACUUCUCUAUAAGUACGUAAAGGGUUUUCCUACAGAGCGUAUAGACUCUGUAGAUCAAGCCUUAGUAAUAUGGUCUAAAAAGACACAAUUCCAAUUUUUCAGACUUGCGGACAAUAUUGUAACGCAAGGCCCAGAUAUAAGUAUAGGUUAUUUUUCGGGUGCUCAUGGUGAUGGAUUUCCAUUCGAUGGACCUGGUGGAGUUUUUGCACAUGCUUUCGGGCCAGCGGACGGGCGAAUACAUUUCGAUGCGGACGAGGCUUGGACAGAUGGUGCUAGUCCGAAUAUGAUCGAUAUAGUUAGUGUUGCAGUGCAUGAAAUUGGGCAUGCUCUUGGACUUGGGCAUACAAGUGUUGAGGAUGCAAUUAUGUACCCUUAUAUGCAUUAUGAUAUUAUCAGAAGAACUUUGCAUCAAGAUGAUCUUGAUGGAAUUAAAGCCUUAUAUGGAUCUUGA